AUGGCUUCGAUGUCGCUGAAUUUUAUCUUGUGCGAACCUGAGGAAGUGCUGGCUGCUCGUACAUGCGAGCACCAGAGCCACAAGCUUAAAAGCUCGAGUAUGCCGCUCAAAAACAAUCAUGGAGGUGUUUCAUUUGCUACAAGUCGCAGUUCCAGCUUGGUUUUUGGUCAGCAAGCAGACCCUAGUGACAGAACGUACAAGACAGUAGCAAAAAUUGACAGACGACAACACGCACGCCAACUACAAAAUUUGCGCCAGCGUCGAUACCGUGAACGUAAAAAGUCAAGUGCAUCGGCACUGCAGUCGAAUCUAGAACAAUUACAGCAGGAAAAUUUAGCUUUGGAGGAUGCGAUUCUUGAAUAUUUCAAGUCGCAGGGCAUAGCAACUAUAUCAAACAGACGUACAAUGGAUAUACAGCUAGAAUAG